ACACACUAGUGUCAGGUUUCCUUACUUUUCUUUCUUUGGUACACUCCUUUGCUGUUCUCCCACAUUCUCCUCCCAACUGCAGCUUCUGUUUGUGGAUAAACACAGAUCUGAAAUGAGGAAGAACCAGGUCAUAAAGCUCAUGUAUAAAUAUAAACCCUAGGCACAGACCACAAAGUGGAACAGACAUACGAAAAAGUGAGGAAGGUGUCAGACAUAGAUACCAAGUGUCAGAAGCAUUCUCAGAGGAUCUAUAGAGACAAGAGGGGAACCCCAUAAGGGAUUCACUGCAAUCAAAACUACACAAAUUUAUGGGAAUGCAGGAAAUGGAAACAGUCACUUGCCUUCUUACUGGAGUGUCGCAUUUCACUUCAGAACUGGGCCGAACAAUCUUGAUUAUUCUCAGUUUCAUUCGCUUUGGUAUUUUGGCUGUUGGAAGUCAAACACUGUGGAAGGAUGAAGAAAUGGACUUCUCCUGUAAUUCUACCCAACUACUUUGCCAACCCAGUUGUUUUGAUGAGUACUGCCCCAUCUCUUCAUUCAACUUAUUUUCUCUACAGCUUGUUGUUCUUUUCACUCUCUCACUGUCCCUAAUAUGCUAUAUGCCGUCUAAAUACAAGAACAGGGAGGGCAGUCUACUUGGCCACCUCCAAGGAAGAAAUCAAUUAAAACUACACAUCCUCCACCUCCUAAGCAGGAUCCUCAUUGAGAGUAUUUUCAUAGUAACCUUCUUUAAGGUGUCUCCAGGACUACUACAAUCUGGGGUAGCACAAUGUCACUCUGUGCAAUGUGAGGCAUUUGUCAUUUGCGUGGAUCUAAAAGAAGAAGCAAAACAAAUGUUCAGCAUUGGUUUUUGCGCAGCUUCAGCUGUGAGUGGCUUCAUCUGUUUAGGAGAAUUAUUGAGCAGUCUGCGGUCCAUUUAUAAGGCAAAAAAGACAUCACAUACCAAACAGCCCUAUAGCAAGCAGCUUUGUUAAUCCCUUAAUGAAUAGCAAAAUGCACCUGGAUUAGUGGAGUUUAAGCAGAUACAAAAAGCCCAUUUCCAAGCCAUUUUAUAUGUAAUUAGUAAUUAUGUACAAGUCAGAAAACCUUUUCUCCCAUUGACAGAUGGGACAGUGAGAAUGAGUCAGCAACGUAAUGAACAAAGUCCACUUCCACAUCAUAAAAUGUGUUCUACUUCUGCAAACCAAGUAACUUUUUGUUCAACACUCACUGCAAGAAAGGACUAACCAGUAACUACUUUUACUACUAAUUUUCUUAAACCUAGUGGGGCUCAUUUAUCAACACUGGACACAUUUGCACCUAGGCUGUAACCCAUAGUAACCAGUGAAUAACUUUUUUUCAGCCAGUUGAAGGUAGAACAAUGCAUGCAAAAAUGUGCUUGGUUGCCAUUGGUUUCUGCCCAGGUGCAGAUUUGCUCAGUGUUAAGUUGGACACACAGAAGCAAGAUUUAAGCUGCCAAUUCGGUCCCAGCCAGACUUGUCCCUGUAUGAGCCCUCCCCUCUGCAUUGGUGCCCAUUAUGACCGAAGGCCAAUCGGAUGAGCCCAAUAUAAGUGAGCACACAGGCGUAGAAAAAGGUAAAUUGUACAAAGCAAUUGGACAUGGGGCAAACAACUGUGUGAAUUAUUUGGGAAAUGCAGUGUUUCAAGGGCAUACCCGACCGCCAAGCAGGUGUAAAGAGGCAUGUCCCCAAAAUAUUGCAUUUUACAAAUAAAUCAUGCAGGGGUUUACCUGUAUGCAAUUGCUUUGCCUCUUUCUACAUUUGUUAAUGGGUGGUGGGAGGUGGCAAAACCUCCAGGCUGAGCACCAAGCAGCAUAUGGCAGAGGGGUUGGGUGUGCUGGUGAGUCCCUCCAGUUGUAUGGCCUUCUUCAAUAAAUGUUCACUUUGUUUUACUUCA